AAUUAAAGGAAGAUACAAAUUUUUCAGUUUCUCUAAGAGCAUAAAACACAUAGACCCACCUCACUGAUUCCCAAUUUCCAAACAUAACCCAUUAAUUCCAAGUUAAGUGAACUGCCUAAUGGGAAUCAAUCAGUAUUAGUAACAGUCCAUUUCAAUCCUCAAAACGUGUCAAACACAACAAAACUGUUUAUGCUACAACAAAACCAAGUCAUACAAAUCAAAAUCUUCUUCAUUUGUUUUGUCUUCAUCAAAAAAAUUUACACGUUGCUUUCUUUCUUUGUCCAUGUGUGCAAAAUCUUCUCCUACAAUCUCGGUUUAUUUUUUUGGUCCAAAUACAAAUUAUGCUUCAAAGAUCUUAUUCCACAAGUUGGAAAAAGAGUCCACUUUUCCACUAUGAAUGGUUGAUUUGUUAUUGAAAAAUUAUAUUUAUUUUAUGACCCAUUUCUUCUCCAUACUCUAACUUGGUUAUGGAAAUUUUAUGGGCAUAAAAAAAUAAUAUUUUUUCAAAAGUUUGGUUGGAUUUGAUUAUGGGUAACAAGACCAUUUUUCAUGCUUAAGAAAACUCUACAUUGGUUUCAUCAAUAUAUUUUGUUUUGUGAAUGAUUUUGUUCACUAAAACAUGGCUUUGAAUUUUGUUUCUGUGAGGGUUUUCAUCAGCAAUUAUGUGUUCUAUUCAUUUGGAUUGAUACUCAGAUUCUUCUUGAGGUUUCUUAAUUUAGGAGAUGCCAAAAAAGAUCUCAUUAAUUUACCAUCACAAUCACUUGGUGAUGGAAAUUUUCAUGAUUUUAAGGUUGAUGGUUUUGUAGAAGAGUUGUCUAAUUUCCUUUUUUGGAGUGAUGAUUUUCAUCAAAGAGAAACAGAGUGCUCUGUUUUCAUGGAUUCUGUCCAUGAAGAAAAAACAGAGUUCUCUGUUUUGAAGGAAAUUCACAAUGAUUUUCAUGAAGAUAGUGUGAAAACUGAGAUAUACAUGGAGAGUGUUUUAUCAAAGGUGGUUGAGUGUGAAAUUCAUGAAGAGGGUAUUGAUAAAGAAAAAGAAGAUGAAUCUGUUCAACAAGAUGGUGGUAAGGAAAAUGAAGGGGUAAGUGAAAGGUUUGUUUCAAUGGAGAAUGAUCCAAAUGUUGAUGAAAUGGAAACAAAGAGUUUUGUUUGCUUGAAAAAUGGUUAUGAUCUAUGUCAUGAUCAUAUGAAGAUAGAAGAGAAAGAAGAAGAAAUAAUAGAGCAUGCCAUAGUGGAGAAUAACUCUAAUGUUCAUGAAGAUGGAAGAAUAUUUGAUGGAAUGGAAACAGAGUACUCUGUUUUCAUGGAGAAUGUCUCUGAUGUUAUUGAAGAUGGUGAGAAAAUAGUUGAAAAGGAUAUAGAGGAAUCUGUUUUCAAGGAUGAUGAGGAUAAUCUUCAUGAGGUUAGCAAGAAAAUAGGUGGAAUUGAAACAAUGAUCACAGUUUUCGGUAACGACGAUGAUAAUAAAAUAGAAGAAGAAACAGAGCAAGAAACAGAGGACUCUGUUUUUGUGGAGAGUGAAACUAUAAAAACAACCACUAGUAGGUAUGAAUACUUCUCAGAAAAAGAUAUAAGUUGCUUUGUGGAAGAACCAACAACACUCCGAUUCAGUUUUCGAGAAUAUUACACGAGUCCUGAUGUUUCAACCAUUUCCCAAAAUGCAAACAAAGAGUUUUCAAAGCUUGAUUCAGAGAAAGACAUUGUAACUGAAGAACUAGAAGAAAAAGAGAAAGAGUCUAUUCAUUCAACCGAUAUUCCACUUCUCUUUGAGAGCGAGGCGUUUGGUGGAACUGAUUCAUCUGAUGAAGAUUAUUUCAUUUUCAAUGAAAACUCAGUUACAUCUGAUUCUGAGUCAGAAUCAUCUAGCUCAAGUGGUUUAAUCUGGAGCAACAGCAACAAAAUUGAUGAUUCAUUUUCAUAUGAGUUUCUUGGUAGCAAAAAUGGUAGCGAAAUUCUAAAGUUGAUGAUGAGAGAUGAAACAAUAGAAGAUUUGGAUGAAAACCAAUCUUCAUUUGAUGAUAAAGUUUCAAAAUUUGGAGUUGAUGAGGUUUAUUCUGAGAAUGAGUAUAUAGAAAUGGAUCCUCAUAUGAAGGGUUUGAAAACCUUUGAAGAACAUGGUUUUGAAGUGAAAGAUCAAAAAGAAGGUAUGAAGAAAAGUGAAGAGGAAUUGAAUGGAUCAGAAUCUGAUGAAGAUGAUUUUGAAUGGGAGCAUGAAGAAAUAGUGGAACAAUUGAAGUUAGAAUUGAAGAAUUCAAGACAAGGAGGACUUGCCACAAUCAUAGAAGAAGUUGAAGAUGAAGAAGAACAAGAACAAGAAGAAAAAGAAUCACCAAAAGUGGUUGAAGAAUUAAAACCAUUGAAAAUUGAAGUGAAAUUAGAAUUCAAGGAUCAAAUGGAUCAAAUUGAAAAAGUUUACAAGAGCUAUGCAGAGAAAAUGAGGAAACUUGAUAUCUUGAAUUAUCAAACCAUGCAUGCAUUAGGUCUUCUUCAACUAAAAGACCCUCUUAAAUUAAUUUCAAUACCAAAAUCCACCAUCUCAAAUGGAAUAAUUUCUCAAAAUUUGUGGCCAAGAAAAUCAACAAAGAUCACAUCUGACCCAUUUUUAAAACUUGUUCAUCAGCUUCAUAGAGAUUUGGAAUUGGUAUAUGUUGGACAAAUUUGCCUUUCAUGGGAAAUCCUAUGUUGGCUACACAUGAAAGCUAUUGAGUUACAACAAUAUGACUCACAAAGGUCUCAUAGGUAUAACCAUGUUGCUGGUGAGUUUCAACUUUUUCAAGUAUUGAUGCAAAGGUUCAUAGAGAAUGAGCCAUUUCAAGGUGGACCAAGGAUUCAGAAUUAUGUAAAGAAUCGUUGUGUGAUUAGGAACCUGCUUCAUGUUCCAGCUAUUAAAGAUGAUAUAAAAGGGGGUGAAGAGGAUCCAAUUGCAAGUGGAAGAUUGCAAGAUAUCAUCAAAGAAUCAAUGCGUGUGUUUUGGGAAUUUGUUCGAACAGAUAAAGAUAAUGGGAAUGUGAAUGUGAUUUCUAAGCAAAUUGGAAGUGAUCUCAAAGACCCUGCAAUUGCAAACCUUCUAGUGGACAUUCGAAUACAACUACAAAAGAAGGAUAAAAAGCUGAAGGACAUAGUAAGAACUGGAAAUUGCAUAGUGAAGAAGUUCCAAAAGCACCAUGAGGAUCAACUUGAUCAUGAGCAAUUGGUUGCUCAAGUUGGAUUGCGAUUGAUUUCAAGGGUGAUAAACAUGUCACAAUUGAGAAAAGAACAAGUACUAUGGUGCAGUGAAAAGUUGAACCGUAUCAAAUUUUUAAGCAGGAAGAUUGUCCAUGUGGAACCUUCUUUUUUGCUUUUUCCAUGCUGAUUCAACCAAUUUAGAGAUAUACUUUUUUUUGUCACAUAAAAUUAUAUACUAGCUUAGGCAAAAUUUGAAGAAUCAUCCCAAAAUUCUCAGCUUUUGUAAAUAGAUAUAGAACUAUUGAACCUCCUUGCUCAUACAUCAUAGUUAUCUAAUAAAUGGCAACAAAAAUUAAAAGGUAGUGCAAUGUUCUUGUGUAGUAGCAUACAAGUUUGGCUGGUUCAAUAAAUUUAUGAAUUAUAUACUAACUUCUUUAUUUUAUUCCAUUCCAUGAAGUUAAUACAUUCAGGAAUGGAGUUAGAAAUUUUAGAUAGUGUAUAAUUUUAGAUAGGAAUGGAGCUAGGAAUGUAGGCAACCCACAUGUAUUCAUAUAAUUUGUAGAAGUAAAGUAUUUUUUUAGAGGCAGAA